AUGGUAAGCGCCAGUCACCUCCAUCCGCCCGUGGACCCACUUCUAACCAUGCAGACGCUUUGGAAUCACAGGGAAAUCGCGAAAUGUCGAGUUCUUGAAAACGCACUGCGUCUAGUGCCCUCCAACUUCACCAACCUGAAUCUCAAUCUCAUCCCGAUUUCGGAUCCGUUCAACCAAUCCAUCGCGGAUAUCAACGAUCCGGUCAGAAACAUCAAGCAUCUUUAA